AUGAAGAUUUACAAGAAAUUAUUUUGGACUUUACUGCAAGGCUUCGUUUUGUUACCGACGAUAGCGUUGCGAGAUUCGCAUGUGGUCAACAGAAAGCUGAUCGAUGUGCCACAGUUUGAGCGACCCAUCGGCAACCAUACCUUCCACAUUGGAAAAGAAGCCGUCCUUGGUUGUUCUGUCAUUAAUCUAGGAAAACAUAAGGUCGGUUGGCUUCGAGCAGAAGACCAGACAGUCUUAUCCCUCAACGAUCGAGUGGUCCUCAGUCCUCGGUAUUCCGUAAACUUGGACACUCCCAGCACUUGGCAGCUGAGGAUCAGACCUCUGAGGGCAGAGGACCGUGGCUGCUACAUGUGUCAGAUCAACACGCAGCCCAGCAUGAAGUGGCAGAUUGGGUGCAUCGAUGUUUAUGUUCCUCCUGACAUAAUCAAUGAAGAGACGUCAGCGGACGUGUCAGCUCAGGAGAUGGACAAUGUGACCCUGCUCUGCAGAGCCUCAGGGCACCCUCCUCCGAAGAUCACUUGGAGAAGGGAAGACCACGAGCCUAUGCUGUUAAAGAAAGUUGGCAGUAGGGAUUUUUACAAAGUGGAGAGCUACGUGGGCAGUUCGCUGCCGCUGUGGCGCGUGGACCGCCGGCAGAUGGGCGCGUUCCUGUGCAUCGCGGCCAAUGACGUGCCGCCCGCCGUCAGCAAGCGGAUCAUACUUAAUGUUAACUUUUCACCAACGGUGAUAGUGCCAAACCAGUUGCUGGGCGCGCCGCUCGGCACCGACGUUAUACUAGAAUGCACAGUGGAAGCCUAUCCUAACACUAUCAACUAUUGGCUCAAGAACAGAGGAGAGAUGCUUCUUGAUGGGCCAAAGUACGUGAUAGGUGAGGAGCGGUCUUCCUACAGGGUGAUGAUGAAGCUCACCAUCAGAAAUUUCUCAAAAAACGACAUCGGUACUUACAACUGUGUCAGUACCAACUCAUUAGGAAAGAGUGAGGGCACUCUUAGACUUUAUGAAAUAAAACUGUAUCCUAGUUCCCAAUCGUCGGCCGAAGUUAACAUAGGAGGUCUAACAGAAGGUGCCGUGAAACAAAAAUCACAAUACAACAGUUCAACAACCUUUCCAAGAACGAUCGCCAUAAUUGUUCUACUAACAUUAUUACAAGUAUAUUAG